AACAAAAUAAUCAGUUUUGAAUUGUCAAACAAAUUUUCAUUUACACAUGAGUUUUUCGAAAACUUUCCGAUUAAAUUUUAACUGAGAGCAUGGGUACCUGCUUGGAACGUUAUUUUUGCCCAAACAAGCCUGUGUGCAGCACAGGCAGAAGAGCCACCUUCUACUAUCCCGGUGGUGGGACCUACUCCGGCUAUUGGUCUUGCAACAAACACCAUGGCUGGGGCGUGAAGAAGACUGCAAAGCGCACCUCCAAAGACUUUUCGGGUAAAAAAGAGCCCGAGGGGCAGCUCGUCUACGAAGGGAACUGGGUGAUGAACAAACGGCAGGGAGUCGGAUCAAUGUUACGCAAGCGUGGCACGGAUGUGCAGCUGAUUUACUCGGGGAGAUGGUACGACGACAUGAAGUGCGGCGAGGGCAAGCAAUUCUAUUCCGAUGGGUGCGUAUACUUCGGCCAAUGGUUAAGAAACCGGCGACAUGGAAUCGGCAUUCAGUGGUACACAGAUGGGAGCAUCUAUGCGGGCGAGUGGGAGACUGAUUUCCGACACGGCCUGGGGGUCAUGUUCUAUGCUAAUGGCAACCGCUAUGAAGGACACUUCGCACGUGGAUAUAAAAACGGUGAGGGUGUCUUCUAUCAUAUGCACACAGGCCAAAUCCAGAAGGGGAUGUGGGAGAACGAUAAUGCAAAGGUGUCAGUGGUGCAGGAUGAGCCCACAAUGCGAUGCAACACUGGAGUGACUCCAUAUCCGAUUCCACGGAACUAUCUCAAGUAUCCGAACGAAAUAAUGCGGGAAUUGUUUCAAAAGUACAAGGUGGCCGGCGAUAAGCCUCAUCGUAGAUUCAAUGACAAAGUUAGUCUUGGCUUUGUUCAUCAUUACCGGCAUUAUGCCUCAUUCGAAGAGCGCUUGACCUCGCCGACCAAUGUUAACCUCUAUCCUAACGCCAAGUUAGCCUGCACCUGUGACUGCGAGCAGAUUGCUAGAGCAGAAACCACUGUUAGUCAGAUAUAACCAUAUCUACACGAUACGAUGUAUUAUUGUGUCCAAUAAAAUUGGAUUGAUUUAACUUUCA